GAUCUCAGUGGGUUUAUGUCUUGAGCGCAAUGAAAGUGCCACCGUGGCCUUAAAAAGACAAACCCACGUUAUUCUCACAGUGUGACUGUCCGUGUUUUUUCUAAACUAUAUAACAGUGUACGUAUGGUGAAAUGUAAAUACACACUCUAGCUGUGUCGGAUAUAUAUGUUUCUGUAUGUACGUGUGUUUUAUUGUAAGUAUUCAAUCUGGAUCACCGCAGCAAGAGAAGCAGAGGCAAGAGAGAGGAGAUCUCCAAAACCAAACUCCUCCUGUCCAAAACCAACAUGUUCUCCAAGUUCACCUCCAUCCUACAGCACGCUGUCGAGGCGCUUGCACCGUCACUGCCCUUGCAAGAGGACUUUGUCUAUCACUGGAAGGCCAUCACACAUUACUACAUAGAGACAUCAGAUGACAAAGCUCCAGUGACGGAUACGAACAUCCCCUCCCACCUGGAGCAGAUGCUGGACAUUCUUACCCAGGAGGAGAGGGAGAGAGAGUCGGGAGAGACGGGACCCUGUAUGGAAUAUCUUCUCCACCACAAGAUCUUGGAGACGCUCUACACCCUGGGCAAGGCUGAUUGCCCUCCUGGAAUGAAACAGCAGGUUCUGAGUUUCUACACAAAGCUACUGGGUCGAAUUCGCCAGCCACUCCUGCCUCACAUCAAUGUGCACAGACCUGUACAGAAACUUGUCCGUCUGUGUGGGGAGGUUCUAGCUGCUCCUACAGAGAAUGAAGAGAUCCAAUUUCUGUGUACCGUCUGCGCCAAACUUAAGCAGGACCCUUACCUUGUCAACUUCUUUCUGGAAAAUAAGAGUAAAAGGUUGGAGGCUGCUAAAGAUGGUGGAGCUGACUUGGUGAAAGAGGAUCCAUCCUCUCCAGACACAGGACAGAAUCAGAGCCAAAAUACCAGUCCAGUCAAAUCCGCUCAGGAAGUUGCAGUGUGUAAAGCCACCAGCCCAGCUGAAGCUAGUCCCUCCGUCCAUUCUACACUGUCAAACAAUGACAACUACAACCUAGUCAGCUCCUUGCUCAACCUCACUAAGAGUCCAGAUGGUCGUAUUGUGGUGAAGGCAUGUGAAGGGCUGAUGCUGAUAGUCAGUUUGCCUGAACAGGCUGCAGCCCAAUGCCUCACAGAGAACACCGAGCUCAGUCAACUGCUCACAGACCGGCUGGCACAGUUCUACCGGGCCCUGCCCCAGUCCAUGGACCCUCUUGACAUUGAAACUGUGGAGUCUGUAAACUGGGGGCUGGAUGUGUAUAACCUAAAGGAGGAUGCUGUGGCUUUUGCUGGCAAACGUGCGCUCAUUUCCUUCUUGUCAUGGCUGGACUACUGUGAUCAGCUCAUCAAAGAGGCUCAGAAGACAGCUGCUGCAGUUCUGGCCCGAGCCGUGAGAGAGCGGUUCUUUGUUGCCGUAAUGGAGCCUCAGCUAAUGCAAACGUCAGAGGUCGGUAUUCUUACGUCCACCGCCCUGUUAAACAGGAUCAUCAGGCAGGUAACAUCAGAGGCCCUGCUGCAAGAGACCAUUCACUUCCUGUUGGGAGAAGAAACAGGACCAGAGACACUUGCUGGCAUUACCCAGCAUCCCCUGAGACACAGACUCAUAGAACACUGUGACCACCUGUCAGAUGAGAUCAGCAUCAUGACUCUAAGGCUCUUUGAGCAUCUGCUGCAGAAGCCAUGUCAGCACAUUCUGCAGAACCUGGUGCUGCGCUGCUUAGAGGAACGCAACUACACGGAAAACAAACAGCCAGAGGAACGAGAGGAGCGAGAACACAUGGAGAACGGCCAACCGCAUGACACCGUAGAUUUGGAGGAAGACCCACUGUUCUCAGACUUUUCCCCUGAUAACAGACUCUCCAGUCCUGAUUGGUUAAGCUGCUCUCCACCACUGAGCACAGAAAACACCAAACCUGAUGGGAAGACAGAGGUUCACAAAAUAGUUAACAGUUUCUUGUGUUUGGUGCCAGAUGAGGCAAAAUCAUCCUAUCAGGUUGAGGGCACAGGCUAUGACACCUAUUUGAGAGAUGCACAUAGACAGUUUCGCGACUACUGUGGAGUUUGUCAGAGGUGGGACUGGCGUAGCAGUCCCAAACCCUUUGAGAAGUGUAACCUGGACAGUCCUUUUUUCGAGGGACACUUCCUCAAAGUGCUGUUUGACAGAAUGGGACGAAUCCUUGACCAGCCAUAUGAUGUUAACCUGCAGGUGACGUCUGUGCUGUCUAAACUUUCUCUAUUGCCUCACGCUCAUCUUCAUGAGUAUCUGCUCGACCCGUACAUUAACCUGGCGCCGGGCUGCAGGUCUCUCUUCUCAGUCAUCGUCAGGGUGGUUGGUGAUCUGAUGUUGAGAAUUCACCGCAUCCCUGAAUUCACUACCAAACUGCUGCUGGUGAGGAAGAGACUCCUGGGGCUCGAGCCAGAGGGAAUGAGCAUUGAUCACGUGACAUUGCUCGAGGGGGUCAUUGUUCUGGAGGAGUUCUGUAAAGAGCUUGCCGCUAUCGCGUUUGUCAAAUUCCAUGCAUCUGCCUCCACUUCUCCCUGAUUGUUUCGCCGCUGUACGCAGGACACACGUGGAUUAAUAAACCGACGAAAGGGGACGGAUGACACUGGAAUGACAAACCAAACUGCACUCAACCCUCAGCACAGACUGCAGCCUGCGGCAGGAUGUGCAUUCAAGGAUGUUUCUUGCACGUUAUCUCGGGUUGUUUCCAUAACUGAAGCUGAGCAAACUGUUCUGAUGAAGACAUCGGAGAGAAGAACUGAAUUUUGGAAUGAAUUGUGACUCUAACAGGAACAGUCCAGCUGGAGAGGAGAGAGAGGAUUUUGUAGCGUUUAUAUUUAAAGGAAAAAACGAAAUAACUAAAGAGCGAAUUGUAAUGCCAAAACAAUAAGGUCUGUAAGUAGAAAAUGAAAUCUACUUAAAUCCGAUACAAGCAAUGAAGACUUUUAAGAAGUUAAAAAUUAACACGCUAAACCUAAUAUUUAAUUGUUCUUUAUUGUUUGUUGGUUACAGUAUCGAAGAUACUGUUAUCUUGCGUUCUCUGUUCUUCUGAGAUAAAAUCACUAGUUGCUGAAUACGAAUGUCAAAUGUAACAAAUAAAAAACAAUUCAGAUGUAAAAUCACAAUAUCUCAGGAUUCAAAGUCAAACUGUUUUUAAACAAUUGGAGAAUCAAAAAAAGUUUUUAAGCUAAUCCUCUCUUGUUCAUUCCAGUGGUAUUUGCUGCUGUUCCUCUUUUAAACCAAACCGAAAUCAGUGUGGACUCUGAAUUGAAACGAGCGAUCUGAAUCAGACCGGACACAUUUGCACUCGUAAUGCAAGCCGGAUUCAGCUCCAUUUAUAUGCGCAUAUUUAUUUGACAGUGUUCCUAAACCAUUUUAGUUGUUAAACUGAAUUUAUGUUUUGUGUUUGCCUUGGUUAAAGCUAGUAGCUGUGUCUUUCAUCCUGUAUCAUCAUGUUUUUUUUACUGGAUUAAAAUUUGGUUUAAAGGAAUAGUUCACUGACAAAAUGAAAACGUUAUCAUUAUUUACUUGCCCUCAUGUUCUUCUGACCCUGUAUUAUUUUCUUUUUCCUGUUAAACUCAAAUGGAGGUGUUAAGUAGAAUGUCCAGGCUACUCUUUUUCCAUAAAAAAAGGGUGUUGGUCAUUAAUACAGUCAAACUCCAAUAAGCACCAUAAAAGUAAUUAAUAUGACUUGUGUAAUACAUCCAAAGUCUUAUGACGACAUCCAACACCUUAUACAGUUAUUCAGUGAUAAUCCUCCCUUCCACCAGAGCUGAGUGUUUAAUUCAAAAGUAGCAUCUUUGGAUGCACUGUGCCAGGUUUGACGUCAUUGGCGGCAAACACUGUUGGCUCUUACGUUGCAAGUUUGAAUAAACACGACCGCGAAUUAGAUUUGAGCAGAAGAUUUUUAGUGAUUAAUGAUUAAAUUUCCAUCUAUUCCUCAUGCAAAGUUAUCUUGUGAUUUGUUUGAUGUGCUUGAGCCAUAUGGACUACUUUUAUGAUACAUAUAUAACACCACACCACAGAUGUAUCAUCAAAGUAGGGCUUUGAAUGCAGAAUAGCAGCUCAAAAUUUCUGCCUGACAUAUGUUGUUGUGUUUCACAGACAAAAGAUAAUAAUACUGGUUUGAAACAACAUUUGGGUUAAAUGAUAUGUCAUCACUUAGUAAAUGGGGACAAUUUUCAUUUUUGGGUGAACUAUCCCUUUUAUAGGGCAUCUAGCUCAGAGAUGAUCAGAUAGAUUACAGUAUUGCUGCUUCCUCACAGGGGAAAUAAAUAGCAUUAUACAUUAUGUAUUAUCUGGCAGUAUGGAAUUAUACCAGCAAUAGUGUUAUUCAUCAGGCUGCUCUCUUCAUAUGCUCCUCUUUGAAAAGGGACACACUGGUCUAAAAACGCACACUGUGUACAAUUGGCAAAGAAGGCACAGCUUGAAUUAGCUUUUUCUUUUUUUUCCCUCAACAAAAUGUUUCAUCAAGGUUUGUAUUUAUAGCCACAAGAGUUGCACACUAGUGUAUAUUUGUCCAUUUUACAUGUGCAUAAGCAUUAUGUCUGUCUUUAAUUUUAUUUUCUUUAAAAAAAAAACAAAGGAUCAGCAUAGGAGCAGACUGUCCGUCUCGGAGAGAAAGAACAAUAAUGCAUCUUUUUUUUUAUUGUUAGUCAUGCACAUUUUAUACCAAGUACUGAAUCGUUUUCGAACCAUGGAUAUACACAAAUGUAAAGUUAUAACAGUAGCAAUGUAUGGUUUGAAAUGCAUGCAAGGUCAUAUGUGUUAAUAUGCAAAGGAAAGUAUUUUCCCUUUCACUCCCUGACUUCAUCAAUAUUCUUUUUGUCUUCAGUUGCCUAUUUAUGUGGAUAUUUGUGAUGCCUUAUUUUAAAUGCAGUGAAUGGCUCUGGAAUAUGACCUCUGCAGUCUUUAAUUUGAGUUAUAAGAAAAAUGUAUUAUUAUUUUUUAAAGUUGUAAAGAAAUGUAUUUCAGUUGGUUUAAAAAAAAAAAAAAAAAGUCUGGGCUUUCUCCUGUAAACGUAUAAAGCUUGAUUUCUCUAUGUAAUUUAUCUGCUUAGAGCUAAAACUUUGUUUUGCUCAACUGAUUUCUACCUAUUUCUUGUACAGAUGUUGCUCAGUCAUGUGACUUUUUUCUGUUGAAUUUGAGCAUCACUGCCAUGGUGUCACAAUAUGACACUUUUUAGGAGAACAAGGUUAUCAAGGUUAAACGGUUAUCAUUUUAGAGAAAAAUGUAAUUUGACUUAAUCUAACCCAUUGCUUGAUUCUGUUGGGGCUGUAAAUCUCUCCCAUGAGAUUUGCUCUCUCCUGUGGAUUUGCUUUAUUCACUUUAGUCCGUCCAUAUUAAAUAUUUGCUUUUCUCAACA